AUGGAGCCACUGGAUAAUGACACGAUCAAUGAGCCAUUGAGAAAGAGGUUGAGGACAAGCCAUGCGUGUGACACAUGCCGCGCGAGGAAGAUCAGAUGCAAUGGCAGCACGCCAUGCGCAUCCUGCUCUGCGUCGCACCAGGAAUGCACAUAUGGGUCCGAAGCUAAUUCGCGCGGGAAAAGCGACCUCAUUUUAGAGAGUGUGCUUCGCGUGGAGAAGUUUCUUCAUGAGAUGAAGGCCACCAUCGUCAGUCCCGUCUCCUCCACGUUCCACUUCUCGCCAAAUCCAUCUCACGAUGGUGCGUUCAAGGGAGCGGUGCCGUUUGCCGAACACCGUCCGUCCGUGGUCUCCCCGGCACUCCGUUCGGCGUCUCGGGGCUCCUUUUCGGGUUCGCCGCUGAACGAGAUCCAUCACCCUCAGCGGACACCCAUCUCGGAGCCACUGUAUCAGAACAACUUUGAGAAUGCCGUCCUUGACUCCAUGCAUACGAGUACCACGGAGUCUGUCCUGCAAUGGCCUCAUUUUGACGCCUUUCCGAACAUGAGGGAUGGAUAUGUCCCCAUCUUCCAUCUGGAGCAGUCGCGGCCCGCAGUGAAGACGCGCGCAACCACAAUGUACCCGUACGUGACCGCGGAGGACAUUGAGGGCAUCAUCGAAUCUUUCGAGCACACCAUCAACUUCUGGUAUCCGACCAUGUCUCGCGGACAACUUGAGCAGGUCCGCAAUCUGAUCUCGGAUGGCAUUCCCGAGGAGGACAGCAUUCUUGUUUGUCUGGCGCUGCUGACAAUGGCGUUGGGGUGUGCCGGUCAAGUGACAACGGGAUUAGCGAGCACGUCGACUUUGACCGACGAGGAACGCAAACGCAGGGCUGCUAAGAGAGCCAUGGGUGACAUGUACUUUGACAGCGUGCUCAAGAAGCUGCACGUUGUGCAUACUAACGUAGGAAGCACGGCAACCCACUGCCUAUUCUUCACGGCAAUGUAUUUCGCCUUCCUCCGUCGGCCCCUGCAAGCUUGGGAAUACAUCAAUGCGGCAUCGGCAAAAUGCCUCCUGCUCUUGUCCUAUCCGCCAGAGUCCGAGUCCGUGGAGGACCAGGAACGGAUUCGAAGAAUUUUCUGGUCUUGCUACAUCCUCGAGAGCGACUAUCUCGCGGAGCUUUCCGGGCUUCCACAGUCGGGCGUCGCCCGCAUCGAGUCAACAACUCCUCUUCCGGGAGAGUACAGCACCCACCAAGACUCUCAAGUUGAAGAGCAAUCCUCCCUCUACUUCCUUGCCUGCAUUUCCAUGCGCCGCCUCCUCAACCGCGUCCAUCAGCUUCUAUACGCUCGCGGAACCGGCGCUGCUCUCGACCACGCCCGCUUCCCCUACGUCGUCGCCGAGCUCAACCAUCAGCUCGACGAGUGGCGCGAUGUGCUCCCCCCGGCUUUCGCCUUCAGUGUCGGAUUCAAAGAGGUAGGCAACAGCCAAAGCAUCGCGACGGAGCACGGAGGGUUUCUGCGGCAGAGAUACCUGACCUGCAGAAGUGUGAUUUACAGACCGUACCUGAUGUGGAUGCUGAGCGGCAUGGCUGGUGGGAACGGGGCCAGCUCUGAGCUGCUGGUCAGCCAAGAUGCGCUAAAGAACUGCAAGGCGUGUCUGGACGCUUGUCUGCUUCAUAUUCUCAACUUGAGGGGCUUUGGGCAGACAGUCAUGGUUGACACGUGGAUAUGUUCUCUCUCUAUGGCUGGCGCAAUGCUUGUUCUACUUGCUGCCUGUCGCAUCCCGGCCUUGAAAGAUAUGAUUGGCCCCGAAGUUCUGCGAGCUGGAGACCAUUUGAGGCAGCUUCUGCAAGGCUGGCAGAGUAUGAUGGGCGAGCCUACAUCCCCGAGCGUGAACCAGGCGAUCCGGAUCAUCAGUGAUGUGGACCGUUUCAUUCAGGAGGUCUACCGAGCCGGCGAAUCCUACUCGAUGAGGCGGCAUUGA